AUGCGGAACAGCUUUCUUAUUUCCCUCAAUGCCAUUGCAGGCGCUGUCGCGCAUCCGUCAUUUCCUAUCCACAAGAGGCAGUCGGAUGUCGGCGCCUUCAUUGAGAAACAGACUCCCAUUGCCAAACAGGGGGUCCUCAAUAAUAUCGGCCCCAACGGCAGUCUUGUAGAAGGGGCUGCCGCGGGUAUCGUUGUGGCCUCCCCAUCCAAAAGCAACCCCGACUACUUCUAUACCUGGACGCGCGACGCUGGCCUGACCAUGGCGGAAGUGAUCGAGCAAUUCAUUGCGGGAGACUCGACUCUGGAGUCUACCAUCCAGAAUUAUGUUGACUCUCAAGCGACCCAGCAGGCAGUUUCCAACCCAUCCGGCAGCCUGUCGGAUGGCUCAGGUCUUGCUGAACCCAAGUUUUACGUCAACAUCUCUCAAUUCACCGACUCUUGGGGCCGGCCUCAGCGGGAUGGGCCAGCUUUACGUGCUUCCGCCUUAAUCGCAUAUGGCAACUACUUAAUCUCCAAAGACAAGCAAUCUCUUGUCAAAACCAACAUCUGGCCAAUUGUCCAGAAUGAUUUGUCCUAUGUGGGCCAAUACUGGAACCAGAGCACGUUUGAUCUCUGGGAAGAGGUUCAGGGCAGUUCUUUCUUUACGACUGCGGUGCAGCACAAGGCCUUGGUGGAGGGCGACGCGUUUGCGAAGGCUCUCGGAGAGGAAUGUGCGGGUUGCUCCGUGGCGCCACAAAUCCUCUGCCACCUUCAGGACUUCUGGAAUGGGUCCGCUGUGCUUUCUAACAUCCCCACCAAUGGACGCAGUGGGCUGGACACCAACUCGCUUUUGGCCUCCAUCCAUACUUUUGACCCAGCUGCCGCCUGUGAUGAUACUACGUUCCAGCCCUGCUCCUCUCGCGCUCUGUCGAACCAUAAGAUUGUGGUUGACUCUUUCCGGUCAGUCUACGGUAUCAACAAUGGACUAGGAGCCGGAAAGGCCGCAGCGGUAGGCCGUUACCCAGAGGACAACUACCAGGGGGGCAAUCCAUGGUAUCUUACUACCCUAGUCGCCGCAGAAUUGCUCUACGAUGCCCUGUACCAGUGGGACAAACAAGGUCAAGUGAACGUCACCGACACCUCUCUUCCCUUCUUCCAGGACCUCUCUGGCAAUGUCACCACCGGAUCCUAUGCCAAGUCCUCCUCAGCCUAUGAAUCGCUCACAAGCGCCGUCAAGGCCUACGCAGAUGGCUUCAUCUCCGUUGUCCAGAAGUAUACUCCCGAGAAUGGUGCUCUGGCCGAGCAGUACAGUCGGGACCAAGGCAGUCCGGUCUCGGCGUCCGAUCUGACUUGGUCGUAUGCCGCAUUCCUGAGUGCUGCUGAUAGACGGAGCGGCACUGUUCCUGCUAGUUGGGGGUCUUCCACGGCCAAUGAAGUUCCCAGCCAAUGCUCGGGGGCUACAGCUUCUGGGAGUUACACUACUCCUACUGUUGGCUCGUGGUAG